UCCUCUGCUCCCGGCUCUUUGGACAAAAUGUACGAACGCCACAAGAGGCGAUACAGCCUGUGCGACAUUUCCAAGGUGGACAGGACUGUAGAUGUUGUGUUGUUAAAGAUAAACCGUGAGAGCUGGUGCCCGCUGGAGCCGUGUCCCGACUCCUCCCUGCUGCAGCGCAAGCGCACGCGCGAUGCUCCAGAAUGUGAGAACUUCUUGGAGGAUGGGCUGAGCAGCGUCUGUGCCUCAUCACAGGGUGGUCUUAAAAGAGAGUCUGGGAGUGAGUCUGACCUCUUCCCCUUGCCUGGUGAUGGGAUGGAAGACCUUGUCUUUGGGAAGGCUGAGGAGGAGCAGUCUGCGUGCGAUGUCACCAGCUCCAGCUCCUCUGCAGAUGACACCGUGUCCCUGGAGAGGAACUCAUCCCUGGGCAGCGACACGUCCCUCCCCUUCCCACCCACGGGGAGCUUCGCCCAGCCCAAGGACAGGCUCAGCCUGGAUGGCAGCUGCACCAACAUGGUGCCCUCAGAGGGAGGAGAGAAGGAGGAGGAGCUGGACAGCAUCACGGACGUGCCCGCUCCCUCGUCCGUGCUGCGCGGCUCCAUGCGGCCGCUGUCGCCGUUCCGUCGGCACAGCUGGGGGCCUGGCAAGAACGCCACCAACGAGGCAGAGAUCAAUCAGAGGAGUUACAGCCUAGAAGGCCUUGCUGGAGACUCUGGUGAGAACAAAAAACCAUCUACAAAUCUGGAGGCUUCUUCUCUGAGCUCCAAAGACCUCAGGAGGAGUCCACUUGCCAGCAAUCAGUCCCUGGUCCUGCUCUCUGAGGAGCUCGAGCAAGGAGAAAUCAGAGACUACAACCACCAGGUGCAUCAGACUUCACAGCCACAAGGAUUUAACUUCUGUUCUUCUGCUGUUUCAUCUCCACUGACCAAAUCCAUGUCUCUAAUGUCAAUUAGCAAACCAGUGCUCGACAUUGCAGUUCACGUGCAUCAGACUUCACAGCCACAAGGAUUUAACUUCUGUUCUUCUGCUGUUUCAUCUCCACUGACCAAAUCCAUGUCUCUAAUGUCAAUUAGCAAACCAGUGCUCGACAGCACGCAGUCGUUGGGCGGCUCCGUGGGCUCCUCUGUGCAGAGCAUAUCUGAAGAGAGCAGCAGUGUCCCUGCUGGUAAAGGUGUAACAAAAGUCAGCCGCACCUUCAGCUACCUCAGGAAUAAAAUGUCCAGCAGCAAGAAGAGCAAAGAAAAAGAGAAAGAUAAAGAGAAGACUAAAGAGAAGGACAAAGAUUCCAAGGAGAAGGAAAAAGAUAAGAAGCUGUUAAAUGGACAUCUCUUCACUGCAACCUGUGUUGUAGCCCAGGCAACCUGUUACCACUGUAUGAAGCCUUUCAAUAAGGAUUCGUACUACUGUGCAAACUGUAAUGCAAUUGUUCACAAAGGCUGUAAGGAGAGUUUUGCUUCUUGUGCAAAGGUCAAAAUGAAGCCACAGAGAGGGAUGCUGCAGGCACAUGAUACCUCUUCGUUACCCACAGUAACCAUGAGAAACAAAAGCUCUCAGCCCAAGGAGCGCCCGCGCUCCGCGAUCCUCACUCCCGACGAAAGCACCGUCACCUCCACCUUCAGCAACAGGAGGUCACAGCAGCCCACUGCACUCUCCAAAAGUGUCUCCAUACAGAACAUUGCAGGAGUUGGGAAUGAUGACAGCUUAAUACACACUUGGAAAUUCCUGUCGCAGUCAACAGACUCUUUACAUAAAAUCAGCCGGGUUAAUGAAUCCAUGGAGUCACUGGUUGAUGAAGGGCUUCACCAUGUCUUUACAUUGCUUUGUGAAGGUGCAGACAUGAAUGAAGGACAGCUCAUGGGAGACAUGGAAUUAGAUUCCAAGCAGCUGGAGGCAGAGUCCUGGAGCCAAGUAGUGGACAGCAAGUUCCUACAGCAGCAGUACAAAGAUGUUGUCAAACGGCAAGAUGUGAUUUAUGAGCUGAUGCAGACAGAAAUGCACCACGUCCGCACCCUGAAGAUCAUGAACGAUGUGUACAGUGCAGCCAUGGUAAAGGAACUGCAGUACGACCAGCAAGUCGUGGACAAGAUCUUCCCCUGCCUGGAAAACUUGCUGCACAUCCACAGUCAGUUUUUCCAGCGGAUUCUGGAAAGGAAGAAGGAGUCACUGGCAGACAAAAGUGAAAAGAACUUUGUUAUCAGGAGGAUAGGUGACAUCCUAGUCAAUCAAUUCUCUGGGGAGAACGCCGAGCGAAUGAAGAAAACGUACGGCAAAUUCUGCGGCCAUCACAACGAGGCUGUCAGUUACUUCAAAGAUCUCUACUCAAAGGACAAGCGCUUUCAGGCAUUUGUCAAGAAAAAAAUGAGCAGCUCCCUGGUGAGGCGUCUUGGGAUUCCUGAAUGUAUCUUGUUGGUAACACAGAGAAUCACAAAGUACCCAGUCCUUUUACAAAGGAUACUGCAGUACACCAAAGAGAAUGAAGUGGAACAUGAAGACUUGACUCAGUCAUUAAACCUUGUUAAAGAUGUGAUUGCUGCAGUCAAUAGCAAAGUCAGCAAUUAUGAAAAGAAAAUGCGUCUUGGGGAGAUUUACAACCGGACAGACAGCAAGUCCAUCAUGAGGAUGAAGAGUGGCCAGAUGUUUGCAAGAGAGGACUUGAGGCAUCGGAAACUCAUCCGAGAUGGGCCUGUUUCACUAAAGAGCUCAGCUGGCCGGUUGAAAGAAGUCCAGGCUGUUCUCCUCUCUGACAUGCUCGUGUUCCUUCAGGAGAAGGACCAGAAGUAUGUCUUUGCCUCACUGGACCAGAAAUCCACUGUGAUCUCUCUGAAGAAGUUGAUUGUACGAGAAGUGGCUCAUGAAGAGAAGGGUUUGUUCCUGAUCAGCAUGGGGGGAAAGGAUCCUGAAAUGGUGGAAGUCCAUGCCAGCUCCAAAGAAGAGCGCAAUGGCUGGAUACAGAUCAUCCAGGACACCAUGCACACCAUGGAUAGAGAUGAAGAUGAAGGAGUCCCUUGUGAGUCUGAGUUUGAAAAGAAAUUGUCCGACGCGAAAGUGAGAGGACUGAAAGAACAACUUCAGCAGAAGGAUAAACAGAUCCUGCUCUUGCUGGAGGAGAAGACUAAGAUCUUCCAGGACAUGGUAGACAGUUCUGUGCAGGAGGAGAUGCCAGGCUCCAGGCUGCUCUUCAGAGCCAACACAGAAGAGGCUCCAAAAGGAGAGGCAAUCAUGAAAACUGCAAUAAAUGAAGUUGAACUGCUGCAAGACCUGGUGAACAGGAGCCUGGGCACUGCCCUUGGACAGCAGGUCAGCAGCACUGCCAUGGAUCAGGAGGGAGGAGUUGGCCCCAUCUCACUCCCUAGAAGGGCAGAAACUUUUGGAGGAUUUGACAGUCAUCAGAUGAACGCCUCCAAGGGUGGAGCAAAAGAUGAAGGUGAUGAUGCUCAGGACCUUCGGAGAACAGAGUCAGACAGCAUUUUAAAGAAGGGUGGAAAUGCUAAUUUGAUGUUCAUGCUGAAAAGGAAUAACGAGCAGGUCCUCCAAACCAUUACCAGCCUUCAUAAGCUGCUCAGUGCUUUGCAGGGCGUGGUGCUGCAGCAGGACACCUACAUCGAGGACCAGAAGCUGGCUCUGAGCGAGAGGGCUCCGAGCCGAAGCUUCUUCCGGCCGCCCUCGCUGCUGGAGCAGGAGAAGCAGCGCAGCCUGGAGAAGCAGCGCCAGGAGCUGGCCAACCUGAAGAAGCAGCAGACGCAGCACCAGGAGGAGAAGCGGAGGAGGGAGAAGGAGUGGGAAGCGCGGGAGAAGGAGCUGGCGGAGCACGAGGCCGAGCUGGCGCAGCGCGAGGAGCAGGCGCAGCGGCUGCGGCAGGAGCUGGAGCGCGAGCGCGAGGAGCUGCAGGUGAAGAAGGCGGCGUACCAGCUGGACCUGGAGAGGCUGCGCGCGGCGCAGAAGCAGCUGGAGAGGGAGAAGGCGCAGCUGAAGCAGGACGUGGAGCGAUUCGCUCAAAUGCGGCAGGAGCCUGACCACAACCAGGUUUCAAAUCUACAUGAGAAACUUGCAAGAGUCUCCUCCCAGUCCAGCACUGAUGAAUCCUCCAUGCAGAAGAACCCUUCUCUUCCUAAACAAGGGCACUUUGAUGCAGAACUGUCUGUCUCCCCCAAAAGGAACAGUCUUUCAAGGACACACAAAGAGAAAAGCACUUUCCAUUUGCUUAGCACAACAAACCAGACUAACAAGGCAGCUGAGGAACAGACCCAGAUGCCUACUCGCCUCUUCAGUUUAGCCAAACCAAAGGAGAAGAAGGAAAAGAAGAAGAAGGGCAGGGGACAUCGCUCCCAACAGUCUGAUUCUCACUCGUCAGAAGCACCUCCAGAGGGUGAGGAGAUCUUCUGCUGAGCACGGACUGUUCCAGUGGUCACUGGUGGCAUUGGCACCGUGGACAUCUCCCUGCCUGUGACACAGCACGUGGCUGGUGCCGGCGCUGGACGAGCAUCUGGAGGUUUUAAAUAAAACAUGUUCUGAACUCUGCUAAGUGGUGGAUAAGGGCCUCUCCUGUGGUUUUAGGUGAAUUCUCCCUGCAGAGGCUGGGCCUGCACGGCACACAGGACCAUCUCCCUGUGCAAACCUGGGGUCAGACGGAUUGGGGUAGAUGUUGUCUGUCUCUUCUGACUGCUAAAGGAUGAGAGAACAUAGCCUUAAGGGCUCUGUGCCUUCAAAUUCCCCUUUUCUGGGGAAAAGAACCAAAACCAAGCAUUUAGCAAAAGAUUAGGACUCUACAAAUGGUGCGUACACACUGGCAUAUAUAGAUAUACUGUAUAUAUACAUAUAUGUAUCUAUGUAUCCACUGGGAUAUGCUUACAGUCCCUGCAGCCAAGGCCAAGUCCACCCGUGGGGAUAGAUGAUACCUGACAACUUUCAGGGAGUGUGUAGAUAUUAAAUAUCUUGCCCUUACUGCUCUGGCUGUAACACAGUGACCUGCACACCCCUUUCCUGCUCAUGGGAUAGGGGCUGUUUGGUUUCAGGAGAGUACCUUACACCAGGAAACAUUCAGAAACAACAAGUCAGAGGAUAAAAAAUUUAAAAUUAUUCUGAACGAUUUCUGUGGGGCAGAGGAAUCAAAUGUCAAACUGUUUGUAGAGUCAAGCAGAACGUUAUGGGGUGUAUUUAAAAUGGCGCAGAAAAGAGAAUUCUCUGGGCUGGUAAGGCAAUCCCACGGAGCCAGAACAGGCUGUUUAAAUGGAAACAACAGUAAGCAACAUUUUUUUUACACAGUCUCAUUGAAAUCCAGCUCGUUCCCUCCCAUCCCUGAAGUAAAGAUUAUGUUUUUGCCAGAAUAGAGCUCUCAGUUGCAUUUGACAUCUCCAUACAAGCCUAACAACUGAGUGGGGGGUAGCUGAAAAUCUGCUUUUAGGGAUCUUUGUUCUGUUCUUUGUGUUUUUCUUAGCCUGCUUUUUGUGCUACCUUUGGGCUUCUGUUUCUCUGGAUUUUCUCCCUUGCCCUGCUCGUUUCUGAGGCAGAGUGAGAGCAGCAGUGUCUGAGCAGGUCAGUGAGACAUUGCAGGGCAGCAGGACAGGCUCCAAGGACGUGGCUCCUAUCCCUGUGGCUGUGCAAUGCUGGGCACUUAGGAACCAUUUUUGGGGAGAAAAAGGUUCUGAUGGACAAACCCCCUGUGGGACAGGUCUGGAAUCCAGUGUGGCGUGUCCCCAUGGCCCUGGGGUGAGGUGUCCAUGCAGAACAGGAAGGUCCAAGGGCAGCUCUUGCUGUGCCAGCUGUGGGGUGUCUGUAGAGUUGUGGAAUACAGGGAUGUGUUCACGAGGGGAGGAGAAAUGCAAAAAGACACACUUUUCUCAAAAAUCACCUUUAUUCCAAACCCUCUCAGGAGAAUUACCCAAGUGGAUUUGUAAAUGGUUACCAGCUUCAAAAUAGGUCAAGGUUUUGCUCAAGAGUUUGAAGCUGUCAGGUGCAUUUCCUUUCCUUCCAGUUUUUUCUUUGAAAUAACAAAUAAUUUCUCUUCUUGUACUAUUGUUUGAUUUCAGUUUGCUCUCAGGCUUGUCAUGAGCUGGUGACCUGUAGCAGUUUUCAGAGUUAGUGCUGAUGAGUAUCAGCAGCAUUGAUGGUGAGGUGGAUGCUUGGGCUGGGCUGUCUUGGAGCAGGAACACUGCUUGCUUUGGAAGCUCUCUACACUAUUAAAACUCAGAAGAAAAAGAGGAAAAAAAAAAGAAAGGAAAAAGGGUUGAGAUUUAUUUUUAUUUUGUUUUUUUUAAUAUUAUUUGGUGCUUGUUCUUAAUUGCAAGCAGGGCUUGCAAAAAUAUUUAUCUUUCAUUUUAUCUGAAAGAGUUUUUUAAAA